AUGUCGGACACAAUCUCCUUCGAGUUGGGCUCGGCCGCCGACCGGCCCCCCAAUAGGUUUCAAGUGAACCCGGUCAACGGCAACAGUCGCAAGUCACAGGGAUCGGGUUCGGAUGGCCCAGAAUCAGGAUCGGGGGUAGGAGCAGGAGCAGGAACAGGAGGAGCAGGACAGGAUGGGACCCAUGAAGUCUACCGGCGCCUUACGAACGCCGAGGGCGAGCUACUCGAGGACGACACAUUCGAUGCCACACAAAUGCUCAACCAACACCAGCCCAGGCAGCAGAGGCAAUCCAUCAAAAGCAGUUUCCGCGACAAGGAUAAACCGUCGAGGUUCAAGGACCUGCAGACGACGACCCGCUUCCAGGUGGACCCGCAAAAUGAGGAGUCCGACGAAUCGAACGAUUCGCAGGAGGAGCGCGAGCUGCUGGACAACGAGUACGACACAAAAUAUGGUAAAAGUUUCCGGCACUUUACGCGAGAGGCGUUACCACGUUUGGAUAAUUAUCGUAACAUGAUGUCCAUUCAGGCCGCCUACCGUCCAACGCUCGACGAGCUGCACAAUGCCACGCUGACGGGCAAGAACACGCACAGCUUGACGCGCAAUCAGGACCCGGAGUCGGGCAUCAUGAACGGGGUCCUGAAAUUCGGUUGGAUCAAAGGUGUGCUCGUCCGCUGCCUGCUGAACAUCUGGGGCGUGAUGCUGUUCCUGCGCCUCAGCUGGGUGGUGGGUCAGGCGGGCAUCAUCGAGGGAUUCCUAUUAAUACUGACAACGACUGCUGUCACGACCAUCACGGCCUUGUCGAUGUCGGCGAUAAGCACUAAUGGUGUCAUCAAAGGAGGUGGCACAUACUACAUGAUAUCCCGCUCCUUGGGUCCCGAGUUCGGCGGCUCCAUCGGUCUGAUUUUCUCGCUGGCAAAUGCGGUGGCGUGUGCCAUGUAUGUGGUCGGCUUCUGCGAAUCCAUGCUGGCCAUGAUGACGACCUUCGAGUGGGAAAUCGUCGACGGCGGUGUUCAGGACGUGCGCAUCAUAGGUUGUAUCACCAUCCUGCUGCUGCUGAUAAUUGUGGUUGUCGGCAUGGAAUGGGAGGCAAAGGCCCAAAUCGGACUACUUAUCAUCCUGCUGGUGGCCAUUGCUGACUUUGUCAUUGGCAGUUUCAUUGGACCCAAAAGCGAUCUGGAACUUUCGAAGGGUUUCCAGGGCUAUAAUGCAACUCUGUUUAAAAAUAAUCUAUUUGCCGACUAUCGUCAGGAGAAGGGUGGCGUUCAGCACGAUUUUUUCUCAGUAUUUGCCAUUUUCUUCCCUGCGGCUACGGGCAUUUUGGCUGGAGCUAAUAUCUCGGGAGAUCUAAAGGAUCCUCAAAAAUCCAUUCCCAAGGGCACGAUUCUAGCCAUUGUCAUCACCACCGGAACCUAUUUAAUCAUGGUCCUGCAGUGCGGAGCCACAGUGGCUCGUGAUGCUACUGGCAAUUUGUCUGAUGUGGUUAAUGGCUCCUUUGCCUUCCUCGACUGCCAGCCGGGUGAAUGCAGCUAUGGUCUGCAGAAUUCCUUCCAGGUAAUUGAGUUGGUUUCCGGCUUCGGUCCUCUGAUUUACGCCGGUUGCUAUGCUGCCACACUUUCUUCUGCAUUGGCCAGUUUGGUUUCCGCACCAAAGGUUUUCCAGGCUCUGUGCAAGGAUGAACUGUACCCGAAGAUUGUUUGGUUUGCCAAGGGUUACGGCAAGAACAAUGAACCAGUUCGUGGCUAUGUUCUAACUUUUAUCAUUGCAUCCGCCUUCAUAUUGAUCGGAGAACUGAAUCUGAUUGCGCCGCUCAUAUCGAACUUUUUCCUGGCCGCCUACAUGCUGAUCAACUUCAGUACCUUCCAUGCCAGUCUGGCAAAACCAGUGGGCUGGCGACCAACCUUUAAGUAUUUCAACAUGUGGCUGAGCCUGCUGGGCGCCAUUCUCUGCGUGGCCGUGAUGUUCCUCAUCUCGUGGGCCACCGCACUCAUCACCUUUGUGGCGGUGCUGGCUCUGUACUUAAUCGUGGCCUACCGGAAGCCGGAUGUCAACUGGGGCUCCACCACACAGGCACAGACGUACAAGAAUGCCCUGAUGUCGGUGCAGCAGCUGAACAAUGUGGAGGAGCACGUGAAGAACUAUAGGCCGCAAAUCCUGGUUCUUUCCGGCCUGCCCAACACUCGACCUGUCCUCGUGGACCUGGCUUAUAUGCUCACCAAGAACUUGUCUCUGCUCGUUUGUGGCCAUGUGCUUCGGGGCUCGAGUUCUCAGAAAUACAGGACAAAUCUGCAGGAAAGGGCGUCCAAUUGGUUCCGCAAGCAUCGCGUUAAGGGCUUUUAUGCAUUGGUUGAUGGUGAGGACUUCGAGUCGGGCACAAGGGCCCUAAUGCAGGCCACGGGAAUCGGAAAGCUAAAGCCAAACAUUAUCCUGAUGGGCUACAAGACUGACUGGCAGACGUGCGAUCGCAAGGAGUUGGUGCAGUACUUCAACGUGAUGCACAAGGCGCUGGACAUGUACCUUUCGGUGGCCAUCCUGCGAGCUCCCCAGGGUCUGGACUGUUCGCUCCUGCUGGGUUCCCAGGAUGGCUGGAAGCCCUCCUCCGAAGUGCCACGCACCCUGCAGCCAAACGAGAGUUCCGGCGACUUGCAGGCCGUGGACAGCCAUGCCCGGAAUGCUUUGGGCGGCAGCAUUGACUCGCUCAGCAGGAAUGUGUCGCAAGAGGACCGAAACCGCAACCAGUUGGUCCACAGCGAGCAGAACAGCCUGAAGAUAGUUAAAAUGCGCUUCAAGCAGAGCCUGCGGAGAAUUCGCUCUUGGCCAGGUGCAGCCUCCAGCACGAGCGACCUGUCAUUCAUUGCGGGCAAUCAGGCGAAGGAUGUCUCCGGCAUGCCCGAUCCGUUGGACGCAAAGUCAGCAAAUCUUGUGAACAACUCACUGCGCAAGUCGAAGCUGAAGCAUGAUGACCCAUCUUCCCUCUACAAGGGUCCUGGUGGCACGGAGCUGCCAAAGGAGGUCCUUUCCGAUCUCACCCUCUUCACCAGGAAGCGCAGCCACGCCGUCAUCGAUGUCUGGUGGCUCUACGACGACGGAGGACUCACUCUCCUGCUGCCGUACAUCAUCAGUACCCGGCGCACCUGGCAAACGUGCAAAUUGAGGGUUUAUGCUCUUGCCAACAAAAAAGCGGAGCUGGAGUUCGAGCAACGCUCCAUGGCCAGUUUGUUAUCCAAAUUCCGGAUCGACUACUCAGAUCUGACAUUAAUUCCGGACAUAACGAAGAAGCCGCUGGAGUCAUCUACGCAAUUCUUCAAUGAGCUGAUCAAGGACUUUGUGGUGGCCGAAAAGGAGGGCGAGAACGGAAGCAGCAGUCGGGCGACCCUUAAUGAGGAUGAGGCCCUGAUAACCGAUGAUGAUAUGCUGGCGGUGCAGGACAAGACGAAUCGAUACCUUCGCCUGCGGGAGUACCUGCGGGAGCAGUCGACCAAGUCGGAUCUGGUGGUUAUGACGCUGCCGAUGCCCCGCAAGAACAUCGUCUCGGCGCCGCUCUAUAUGGCCUGGCUGGAGAGCCUGAGCCGGGACAUGCCACCAUUCCUGUUCGUGCGCGGCAACCAGACCAGCGUGCUGACCUUCUACUCGUAGGAUCAGGAUCAGGAUUAGGAUCUGCAGUUCGGAUGGGAUCUAUUGUAUUCUACUUACACCUACCGACACCCACACACUCUCACCGUUAUUGUUAGGCGAGCGAGUAUUUUAUCUCUUAGAAGUACCACCCAUGUACAUAAAUUUAGGGACACCCCAUGGAACGCACAGAGGCACUUUCAGCGGCGGAGGGAUCGGGAAUUGUCUGACGGCCCACUACAGCUGUUUCAUAUUAUUUAACGAGAGGGCUGCCUCUCCCGGUCCAUCUCGGCGUCGUCAAUAUUAACAUUUGUCCUAGCUAUCGAGUUUAAAUCGUAUUUAAAUACAGUGCAAAUAAUUUUUAAAA